AUGAAGCUCUUCUUGCUGCUCCUCUGCCUCGCAGGGCUGACCCUCACCAACUGCAACCUGGUUCAGUUCGGUUCGAUGAUUAGGCACAAGACCGGGAAGUCGCCGCUGUCCUACAACGGUUACGGCUGCUACUGCGGCAUAGGAGGAUCCAAACAGCCGGUGGAUGAGACCGACUUGUGCUGCCAUGCCCACGACUGCUGCUACAAGAAGCUGUCUACUUCUCGCUGCCUUCCCAAACUGGUCACGUACAAAUACCACACCUUCGGAGACCAGCUAAUCUGCGAAGCUGGGAAUUCGUGCCAAAGGCAGACCUGCGAGUGCGACAAGCAGGCAGCGGAGUGCUUCCAAAGGGCAGCCGUGACCUACAGCAGCAUUUACAAGAAUUAUUUCAGGAGAAAGUGCAAGGGCCAGACUCCUUCCUGCUAG